GUGCAAUAAAGGGUAAUGGGUGGAAGUGAAGAAAGACAAACCCAUCCUGCCCCACCUAGAGGACAAGUUACUGGUAACUUGCUGUUUUGAGGAAACAACACAGGGAGAUCACAACUACCUGAAAAGGACUUUUCUGCAAACAAAUAGUUCUAAUCCACUGCCUUGAGCUACCUUUCACUGAGAUUUCUCCUGUAUGAUGUGAACAGCACAGAGCACCCUGCCUUCCUCAUCAGAUGUCACCCCCCCACGACUUCCUCCGCCAUGUCCUGAUGGUGCUUUGUGACGUGUAAGGCCUUCCUUCCCGCCCAGGGCUACCAUUGGCUGGGUAGUGGAAUGUUGACCAAUCACAGCUCAGGGACGUGAUCGCCACAUUGUCCUGGGAUCGCGGGAGGGGUAUAUACAGGGAGCCUGGAGUUAGUUGACCGUUGUGAGACCUUGAGCUGCGGAAGAUGAGUCCAAAGCCGAGAGCCUCGGGACCUCCCGCCGAGGCCAAGGAGACACAAAAGAGGAAGCCCUCUCAGCCGAGCCCCAGUGGCCCGAAGAAGAAGACUACCGAGGUGGCCGAGAAGGGAAAAGCCGCUCGUAGAGGGAGACGCGGAAAGAAAAGGGCUGCGAAAAAGAUGGCGGCUGUGACGGCACCUGAGGCGGGGAGCGGAGCAGCGGCACCCGGCCCCAGUGACCAGCCCAGCCAGGAGCUCCCUCAGCACGAGCUGCCACCGGAGGAGCCAGUGAGCGAGGGGUCCCAGCACGACCCACUGAGUCAGGAGACCCAGCUGGAAGAACUACCCAGUGUGUGGACGGCCGAGUACUCCCCUAUAUCCCUGAGCAGCGACUAAGUUCAGGCCCAGCCGCCAGACCUCAGAGAUCUCACCAGCAGGGUGCUUCCCCUGCUGAUGACAAUAAAAUGAAUGUGUUGCAAACUGA